GGCAAUAGCACCGGCGGCCAAAGCCGCAACACUAGCAGUAGUGACCUUCAUAUUUGAUUCGACCCGGUUAUAACCUUUUAGUCUGUAAUGAGCGAGUGCGGUGAGAAGGGAAUCAACAACAUCUUCGGGACGGGGACUUUGGGCUUUUUAUACCAACCGUUGUGGCGGAAGUGGCCACCUCAGGUCCUCAAGAUCUCAAUAUGGAUGGAUCUCUACUAGAUGUGCAUGAAGUGGCAAUCAGGAACUAGGCCCGUCAAAUGCGAAAGGUCUCGGUAUGUCUACUCCGAAUACAUACUCUACUGGUAACCUUUUUCGUCGCGGGGGGAAGACUGCGAGGGGUCCUGUUGGCCACCGUGAAUACCACAUGGCCCGAACUAGACACCUCUCUGGUAUAUUCUCCCUGCUGCAAUCCUAAUUUACCAUUUGUUCUUGCUCAUCCAGCCUUGGUCGGAUCCUGGCUAGCUACUCAACGGGUUUCCAGCUUAUUCAACUUACAUAGAAACUUCAAGAUCCGUGGGGGCCGGUGUAUGGUGCCAUUUACUUCUCAAUGCUGGUAGACGACAAGCAUUGCAAAAGAUUUCGCCGGGAUAGGC